AUGUUAGACAAGCAACAGGGCUUUCGUUCCUUUGGAGAGCAGGCACUUCACUAUUUUGAUCGCCCCCACGAGGCCGUCACCACGUCUGAGAUCACCAGCCCAGCAGCCUGGAUCGGUCGUGAUCUCCCGUUGCUGGAAGACUUAGCUUAUGUGCUGACUGAAGACGACAAAGCGGAAAUGGAUGCAGGGCUGGCGAGAGCGAAAGCUAGCGGCAAGGCCGAUCGCGAUCUUCUUGCAGACGACUUCCCGCUGCCGACCUUGUCGGCUCGUAUUCGUCAAUGGCGCGAUGCAGUAGGCGGGGGUAUUGGGUUUCAGGUGAUCAGAGGCGUGCCGGUUGAGCGUUGGUCGCGGGAUGAUGCUGAGCUUUUCUUUUGGUGCCUUGGCCUGCAUCUUGGACGACCUGGCGGGCAAAAUCCGCAGGGCGAUCUCCUGGGGCAUGUGACAGAUACAAAUGCCUCAAAGACUGAUCCCAUGGUCCGGCUCUAUCAGACAUCAGCGAACAUCGAUUACCAUUGUGAUGCGGCUGAUGUUGUGGGCCUUCUUUGCCUUAAGAAAGCGAAGUCAGGCGGUCAGAGCCGGAUUGUCAGUUCCGUCACCGUCUUCAAUGAACUUGUGAAACGACGGCCAGACCUGGUGGCGCGCCUGUUCGAGCCGUUCCAACUGGAUUCGCGGGGCGAGUCCAAGGACGAUGCGCCGGGCAGCAUUCCCAUCACACCCUGCUGCCAUGCCGGUGGCAAGUUGAGAACUUUCUAUCAUUCGGAUUAUUUUCGCUCUGCUGUGCGUCACGCGGAAGUACCGCCUUUUACACAAGACGAGCGGGCACUGCUCGACACUUAUGAGCAGAUCGCGGCAGAAUCUGGCAUCUACCUGGAUAUGGAUUUGCAGCCCGGCGACAUUCAACUCUUGUCGAACCAUACCAAUCUGCACGCUCGCACAGACUAUGAAGACCAUGAGGAUCCUGCGGAGCGACGGCACCUGCUGAGACUUUGGUUGUCUCUCUAG